CGUGUACGAAUCCUUGUACUCAUGCCGCCCCCUCAACAGUCAAUUCUUAUGGCGCCAAAUCUAACGAUUAAAUUUUUGUCAAACCGAAGUUAGGCAGAUAUCCUCCAAAUUAUGCUUUCCAAUCCCUCUUAAAGCCAAAGCGCCGUAGCAAACUUUAGCAGUGUGCACCUCCUAUACACUCAACUCACCCAUCAUGGUCAAAAUCUUCAUCCUGAUACUAUCUUUGCUCCCUCUUGGAUCUCUAGCGAUCAGCAAUGGUGCCUCAAGAGACCGAGAGGCACUCAUUGCCUUCGGCACUGGCAUCACCGCAGACCCAAGCAAUGCACUUGCAAACUGGGGGUCUAGAAACUCUGACGCGUGCAACUGGACCGGAGUCACGUGCCACAAGACCAAAUGGCGUGUAGUGAAACUAGUCCUCAGUGACCGGAACCUCAGAGGGGUGAUAUCACCAGCGUUGGCCAAUCUCUCCUUCUUAUCAGUGCUUGAUCUAUCUGUCAACUACUUCUACGGAGAAGUCCCUACUGAGCUCGGGGCACUUUCUCGCUUGAAGGAGUUGAGCCUCACCACAAAUCUUCUCCGUGGCUCGAUCCCUGCAGAGCUUGGGCUGCUUAAGAAACUGGUUUACUUGGACGUGGGGAGUAACCGACUUACAGGGCCAGUACCGAAGACUCUCCUCUGUAACUGCUCUUCCUUGCAGUAUGUCGAUCUUUCAAACAAUUCUCUAGCUGGAAAGAUUGCCAUCAGCGAUAAGUGCAGGUUAAAUGACUUGAAGUUUCUUUUACUUUGGUUGAAUAACUUUGAUGGACCAAUACCUACUUCUCUGUCGAACUACUCAACGCUUGCAUGGAUUGAUUUCGAGUCAAAUUAUCUUAGCGGAGAGCUGCCAUCUGAGAUUUUCAACAAGAUGCCUUAUCUUCAGUAUCUUCACCUGUCCUAUAAUAACUUCUCAAGCUUCAGUACUAACACGAACUUUGACCUGUUCUUCACUUCAUUAAGUAAUAGCACUCACUUGCAAGAGCUUGAACUCGCUGGAAAUAAUCUCAGAGGUGUUAUACCGUCAUCUAUUGGUGAUAUCUCAGCUAGUCUGCAGCAAAUCCAUCUUGAAGAUAAUCUCCUUUAUGGUCCAAUCCCAGCAAAAAUAUCCAAUCUUGUAAACCUCACCUACUUGAACCUGUCAAAUAAUUUUUUGAAUGGAUCAAUACCGUCCGAUAUAUCCAAACUGAGGAGGCUAGAGAGGUUCUACUUGUCAAAUAACUUGCUCUCAGGAGAGAUCCCACCAUCUCUUGGUCAAAUUCCUCAUUUAGGACUUGUUGAUAUAUCUCGAAACAUGCUCUCCGGUUCAAUUCCUGAUACUCUAUCCAAUCUCGCACAACUGCGAAGGCUAAUGCUCCACAACAACCAGCUCUCAGGCACGAUACCCUCCAGCCUUGGAAACUGUAUAAAUUUGGAAAUCUUGGACCUCUCAUACAAUCAACUUUCAGGAGAAAUUCCCAGCAAUGUUGCAGAGCUGAUGAGCUUGAAGCUGUACUUGAAUUUGUCGAGCAAUUUCUUGAGUGGUCCUCUUCCAACAGAGCUCAGCAAGAUGAAUAUGAUCAUGGCAUUGGAUCUAUCAUCAAACAAUUUCUCUGGCUCAAUCCCUCCCCAACUUGGAAUCUGCAUUGCCCUCGAGUACCUCAACCUUUCAUUUAAUUCCCUACAAGGCCCCCUCCCAAACUCUAUUGGGGCUUUGCCUUAUCUCAAAUCACUGGACCUGUCCUCAAACAAGUUGACAGGAACUAUGCCCAAGUCCUUACAAACCUCUUCAACCCUUAAACAACUCAAUGCCUCAUUCAACAAUUUUUCAGGGAUCGUACCGAGCCAGGGAGUAUUUGCUACCCUCUCUAAGGACUCCUUUAUUGGCAACACUGAGCUCUGUAGCUCAAUAUUGGGAAUAUCACCAUGCACACAUGAAAAGGCGCACCAUUUCGCCGUCCUGCCAAUGGUUCUCACUCUUAUUGCUUCAUCGAGUUGCAUGAUGUGCCUUUUUGCUUAUCCUCUAGUUCUUAGAUCAAGAAGGAGAUCUCAGGCAUUAAUCAUGCAACACUCAAGGAUGAGGGAUGAUAAUGAACGAAGCACGAAAGAAUACCCAAGGAUUCAUUACUGGGAACUUGAAAAGGCAACUGAAGGGUUCUCGGAAUCUAAUAUAAUUGGUGCAGGCAGGUUUGGGCAAGUUUACAAAGGAAUUCUUUCAGAUGAAAUGAGAAUAGCAGUGAAGGUUUUGAAUCUGAAUAUCGGUGAGAGGGAAAUUUCAGGAAGCUUCAGACGAGAAUGCGAGGUUCUGAAAAGGAUUAGACAUCGCAAUUUGAUCAAGAUCAUAACAACUUGUAGCAAACCAGAUUUUCAAGCUCUAGUCCUUCCUUUGAUGACAAAUGGGAACCUCGACAUCCAUCUCUAUCCUCCAGAUGGGUCCAGCUACAGAUUGAGCUUGGUUCAAAUGGUGAGCAUAGCAAGUGAUAUCGCUGAAGGGAUUGCAUACCUGCACCAUUACGCUCCAGUUAAAGUGGUCCACUGUGAUCUGAAGCCAAGCAAUGUUCUUCUAGACGAAGACAUGACAGCAAUUGUAUCAGAUUUCGGGAUUGCAAGAUUAAUGCAGGGUGAUUGCAAUGAAGGAAGCGGUGGCAAUGAUAGCUCUGCAUCGUGUAUUUCGACCAAUGGGCUGUUACAUGGAUCUGUUGGUUAUAUAGCACCCGAAUAUGGUUUUGGAGGCCAACCUUCAACACAAGGUGAUGUUUAUAGCUUUGGCAUUCUUCUGUUGGAGAUCAUAACUGGAAAGAGACCCACCAGUGUUACAUUUCAUGAGGGACUCACCCUGCCAGAUUGGGUGAAAAGUCACUAUCCAGAGAACAUUGACCCCCUAAUCUCAAAUAUAUCUCCAAUGGAUUGGCCCUCAUCCGACGAAUCUUUAUACUACAAGAAACUCAAGAGAGACGUGGCGAUAGAGAUGAUUGAGCUGGGUCUCAUCUGCUCGCACUUCACUCCUAUAAUAAGGCCCACAAUGAUCGACGUUGCUCAUGAACUGGCCCUACUAAAGCUUGACCUUUUGAGGCAUGGCUCAAGACCACCUUCGGUACCUGAUUCAUCUUCCUGAACAUUAAAGAAAUUGUAAUGCUAGAAAGGCACACUUUCGAUU